GUUUCCGGAAUAUAGUUCGGAUCACCCUGUAUAAAAAUUAUUGUCAAACCCUGUUAGGAAUAUACUUUGUUAAACAUUUCUGAUUAAUUUUAAUACGACGAUUUAAUACGAUAAUAUUUUUUCACGACAAAAUAAUAUGUUUUACUCUAAUAUUAUUUAACUUUGGUAAGGUAAAACUAACUGUCGAUCUAAUAUACUCGUAGUAUAGUUCUCUAUAUUUACGUUAACAUGUUUUAAGCACAUAUCUACAACAGUAAUAGUUUAAGAAAAGGCCGAAACCAGUAAAUCAAAAAAUGUUGUUGAAAAAUGAACUAGAGAACAAAGUCACUUUGACUUCGUAUGUCAACAAUGAUCCCGAAAGAAUAAAGAAUAUUAUUAACGAAAAUGACAACAACGAAAGAUAUGUGGAUUCUGGAGAUUCUAGACGAAGUUCUUCUACUACACUAGAUCUUCCGGACAGCAUUUACUUUCGUCAUAAAUCGAUAUUAUUUUCAGAGGAUGAAGACGUACCCUCUAAAAAAUGGUUUAAGAAGCGCAUUAAAAAUCUGUGUAAUACAAAGACGUUAAAAAAACGCGUGCCUAUUUUUGAUUAUUUACCCCGUUACAACUGGGAGACAGCGAUAUCGGACUUUCUGGCAGGUUUAACAGUAGGUUUAACCAUAAUCCCUCAGGCAAUAGCGUAUUCUAGUGUUGCCGGAUUACCGGCACAGAUAGGUCUAUAUUCGUCAAUUGUAGCGCCUUUGGUUUACGCAAUAUUUGGCAGCAGCAAAGACUCUCCCGUAGGACCUACUGCAAUAGAAGGACUCUUGGUUAGAGAGAAUAAACAUGAGUUGGGUGUACCUGGAGCUAUAUUGCUUUGCUUUCUUAGUGGUUGUGUGGAACUCUUAAUGGGUAUACUACAUUUAGGUUUUUUAAUAGAUUUUAUAUCGGGACCCGUAGCAAUAGCUUUUACUUCAGCGGCGGCAAUUAUAGUAGCGACAACUCAAAUAAAGGAUCUGCUGGGACUGGAUUAUCCAGGAGAUAAAUUUAUUCUAGUUUGGGGGCAAAUUUUCGAACAUGUUUCCGAAACUAGUUGUGCUGACUGUACUAUGGGUUUUGUGUGUAUUGCAGCCUUGAUGAUUCUUAAAAAAUUAAAGGAUAUAAAAGUGGCAAGGAAAGAUGGUUCCCGAAGCAAUUGCCAGAAAGUGCUUUACGGUAUAUUCUGGUUACUGUCCACUUCAAGAAACCUACUUGUUGUAGUCAUUUCAGCUUCUGUAGCGUAUUGCUUUGAAAAUCAAGGCCGAUCUCCAUUUAGACUAACAGGAUUUGUUAAGCCUGGACUACCAAACAUAACAAUGCCACCCUUUAAUACAGAAGUAAAUGGUAAAAAUUACAGUUUUCUGGAUAUGGCGUCUACGUUAGGAUCUGGUAUUAUUAUUUUACCAGUUUUAUCCAUACUUCAAAAUUACGCAAUUGCAAAAGUUUACAGCGAAGGAAAAUCUAUAGAUUCCACUCAGGAAAUGUUAGCUUUAGGAAUUUGCAACAUAGCUUCAUCCUUUGUGAGUUCGAUGCCUGUUUCGGGAGCAUUGUCAAGGGGAGCUGUGAAUCAUGCCAGUGGAGUUAAAACCACUUUUGGUGGUGUUUAUACUGCUUUAAUAGUGAUAUUAUCUCUUAAAUUUCUAACACCUUGGUUCUAUUAUAUACCUAAGGCUGCUCUGGCUGCCGUUAUUAUCGUAGCAGUAGCUUUCAUGAUAGAGCUACAUGUGUUCGGGCCCAUUUGGAGAACCAAAAAAACUGACCUCAUACCAGCCAUAGCAACAUUUAUAGCUUGUCUUUUUACCAGACUUGAGAUUGGUAUAGGCCUGGGUGUUGCUAUAAAUUUAGCUUUUUUGUUGUAUGCCACUGCACGUCCCACAAUAGAUAUUGAGAAAAUUACGUCUCCUUCUGGAUGUGAAUACCUACUGAUAACUCCAGACAGAAGUCUCUCAUUCCCUUCUGUUGAAUACGUUCGAUCCAUAAUUACUAAAGCUGGAACAAAAAGGGGUUUAACCUCCAUACCGAUUGUCAUUGAUGCCAGACAUAUACAGGGAGCUGAUUAUACAGCUGCUAAGGGCAUGAAACUGUUGAUGAGGGACUUUAGCAACAGGAACCAACAAAUAAUAUUUAUACAUUUGAAGAAAUCAGUGGUAGACACCUUCAAAGGAGUAAAUCCAAAGAGUUUUACUUACUGUCAAACAUUUAAUGAUCUGAAUGAAAUAUUAAGGAAGUGUUGUACAAAAUCUCAUUGUGAUGUUAAUUUAAUGCCAAAACCUUACACUAAAUUGUAGAUUUACUUAUAGUACAGGAUCCGGCAUGGCAGCAGGAUUAUGACGCAUUACGUUUUACCAUCAUGUUUUUAAUCAAAACCUAAUCUU